AUGCGGCUUGGGCUGUGUGUGGUGGCCCUCAUUCUGAGCUGGAUGCAUCUCGCUGCUGGCAGCCGGGGGACCAAGGGAAAGAGACAGAGGCGGAUCAGUGCCGAGGGGAGCCAGGCCUGCGCCAAAGGCUGCGAGCUCUGCUCCGAGGUCAACGGCUGCCUCAAGUGCUCGCCCAGGCUGUUCAUCCUGCUGGAGAGGAACGACAUCCGCCAGGUGGGCAUCUGCCUACCGUCCUGCCCGCCCGGAUACUUCGAUGCCCGCAACCCCGACAUGAACAAGUGCAUCAAAUGCAAGAUUGAGCACUGCGAGGCCUGCUUCAGCCACAACUUCUGCACCAAGUGCAAGGAGAGCUGGUACCUGCACAAGGGCCGCUGCUACCCAGCUUGCCCCGAGGGCUCCGCAGCUGCCAACGGCACCAUGGAGUGCAGCAGUCCUGCACAAUGUGAAAUGGGCGAGUGGUCCCCGUGGGGGCCGUGCGCCAAGAGGAAGAAGCUCUGUGGCUUCCGGAGGGGCUCGGAGGAGCGGACAAGGAGGGUGCUCCACGCGCCUGGGGGGGACCACGCCGUCUGCUCCGACACCAGAGAGAUCCGGAGGUGCACAGUGCGGAGGACGCCCUGUCCUGAGGGGCAGAAGAGGAAGAAGGGAGGCCAGGGCCGGAGGGAAAAGGCCAACAGGAACCCGAGCAGGAAGGAGAGCAAGGAGGCAGGCACCGGCUCUCGGAGACGCAAGGGCCAGCGGCAGCAGCAGCAGCAGCAGCAGCAGCAGGGGACAGAGGGGCCACUCACAUCUGCAGGGCCUACCUAG